AUGUGUCAUAUGUGUCACGUGCGAGGGGAGCUGCUCAGUGCCACUACGAAUAGCCCUCUGGGCGGGGCGGGGGUGGGGGGUGUCUCCGUGCCCCUGACGCCUCCGUCCCUACUACCCGGGGCUGGGUCUCACCGCAGAGUCGCCUCCCCGCCCCGCCACUCCCAGCGCAUCGGCCGGCUCCAGGCGCUGCUGCGGGAGCUGGAGGUGCUGGUGCAGGACGUGGUGAGGACGAGCUCCUGGUGGGAGCGCCAGGGUGUGGACUGCGCCAUCCUCGCCCUCAGCCUCCUCGCCUUGCUGGCAGGGUUCCUGUGCCUGCGCUCGGAGAAUGCCCUGGUCUUUGCAUCGGGCAUCACCGUCUUGGGUGUGUGCCACUACACACUCACUGUCAAGGGCAGCCACCUGGCCACUCACGGGGCCCUCACCGAGUCCAAACGCUGGAGCAAGAUCUGGCUGCUUUUCUUUGUGGAAGUGUGCACAGCCUUCACUGCAGAGCAUGCCACGCACGGGCAUGUCAAGAUGCACCAUGCCUACACCAACGUGGUGGGCCUGGGGGACUCCAGCACGCGGAGGCUGCCUUGCCUCAACCGCUAUGUCUACAUGUUCCUUGCUCCUUUCCUCCUCCCCAUCGCCACUCCACUGGUGGCUGUCAAGCGGCUGAGGAAGGUGGAGUGCGGGACGGCCCUGCGGACGCUGGCCCUGAUUUCCCUGGGCCUUUAUUCUCACUACUGGCUGCUCCUGAACAUGUCAGGCUUCAAGAACCCCAGCUUGGCCCUGGGCUGCAUGUUCCUCACCAGAUCCCUGUUGGCCCACCCCUACCUCCACGUCAACAUCUUCCAGCACAUCGGACUGCCCAUGUUCUCCCGGGACAGCAAGCCCCGCCAGAUUCACAUGAUGAGCCUGGGUGUGCUUAACCUGGCCCGGCUGCCCGUGCUGGACUGGGCAUUCGGCCACUCGAUAAUCAGCUGCCACAUGGAACACCACCUCUUCCCCAGGCUGUCUGAUAACAUGUGCCCGAAGGUGAAGCCCGUGGUGUCCCAGUUCCUCCGUGAGAAGCAGCUACCGUACAACGAGGACUCGUAGCUGGCUCGCUUCCAGCUGUUUCUCCAUCGCUAUGAGGAAUUCAUGGUGCAGGCCCCACCCAUCACUGAGCUUGUGGGGCUGCAAUGAGGCCGGGCCAGUGCAGCCACCCUGCCCCUCCCUGGCCUGGCCCUGGCCCUCCUGCUGCUGCUGGCCCAGGGGGUGUGGCUCAGUGGCUGGUGGUGGACCUGGAGAGUGGAGGCACCGGGCAGGCAGGGGGGCAGGGAGCUCAGGCCUGGGGUCUGGAGGCCACCUGCCUUGUGUGCUUUUCUGGGUUUUGAGGGGUGUCUGGGGGAAGCAGUAAUGGUGGCUGUGCAUUCAGGUCAGUCUGGACCUCAGCAACUUCAUCUCAGGACUAAAGAUCUGGGUCCUUCCCUCUGCUCCAUCCGAGCCUUGGUAGGGUUAAAGGGAGGUGACAGGGAUCCUGUGCAGGGGCCACCUGGGAGACAGCGGGGGGCACAGAGAGAGCAGGGUCAGCUCCCUCGGCUGGGCAUCCGGAGAGCCCCACACGGCCUUGGCUACUGCUUCCUUCAGGCUCUGCCCACCAAGGUGCCCUCUCCCCGGGGACAUCAGGGUGAGCUUGCUUUUGGCAGGCCUUCCUCGAUCCUCAGCCAAAGGCACCUGUGCAAGACACUGGCUCAGCAGUUCCCCAGGCCGCAGUAUCAGCAAGAUAAAAGUGAAUGUGUUUUGUGGGGAGGGAACUCCAGGGGAAGUGAGGGGAGAAGGUUCC